GAAAGGAUCAUGAGCCACAAUCUCCUUAAUCUCAAUUUUUAGAACCUUUAGCAUUGGGCUUUUCAGAUUCAUGACCACUUUGUAACCAGAAGUAUCAAUACCAAGUCAUUUUAGGAAGUGCGGUAACACUUUGGAAGCAGCUCGAUGUGCUGAUGGGUGCGAACCGUAAUGGUGACGUAAAGGAGGUGAAUCGGAAGUACUACGAUCGCGAUGUGUGUCGCCUGUACUUGUCUGGCCUUUGUCCUCACGAGUUCUUCUAAUUAACGCCAAAGGCUAUGUCUCCUCACAUAUUCUGGAGGACCUGAGCAAUAGUACCAAAGAAUGGUCAACCAUUCACAUCAUUUGGUAUGCCUUUAAAUGGCAGAUUAGCAUGACAAAGUAAUGAUGUGUCACAGUCUCACUUUUGUUGUGGCCUUUGUAAACGAGUUUUUGAGAAUUCUAGAGAAAUUUCUCUUGUUAGGGAAUUUAACAAAUGAUUGGUUUGGGAGUUUAAUAUAUGAUUGGUUUUUGGUGAUUUAUAUCAAAUCCGUAAUAUUACAUUGCUUGACUUGAUGACUUCCCAGUAGGCCAUAUCGUGUGUGAUUUUUGAAGCCUUUUUACAAGUUUUUUUUUUUGAAGUGCUAAAUUCUGUACACACAACAAUUAUGUUGCAUAAUAUUUUCUUUGUACUUUGUCUUAAUAUUUACUGUGGAUAAAUUGUGUAAAUUUUAUGAUUAGCUUUGGGGUGUACAUGAUAUCUUUUUGAUUUGCAGAUCUUGAAGGCAAGAUAGUUCUUAAAAUAUGAGCUCUAGAAGAAGUAGAAGAGUUAGAACUAAAAGAGCAGAUAAACAGUCAACGCUGCUUUUGGAUGCAUUCAAUAAAGAUCGGGCAUCUUUGCCCCAACCAUUGCCCAACCCUCCAUCUUUGGCACCACUGCCUGUGCCUGCACCUGAUCCUCGGACCCAGGAAAAGAUAAAUGAGAAGCUGAAGAAAGCUGAGGAUCUUGGUGAGAAGGAGAUGGUAGACGAGGCACAAAAAGCAUUAGAAGAGGCUGAAGCACUCAAGAAGGUUUCUAUUUGAGAAUUUAGUAGUGUUAUUUCUGUAGAUUGAUUUUUAUUAACUUGCACCAUUUCCUUCUCCUUGGUAUGCCUUAUUUAUGGAUAAUUGUUUUCCAUAUAUGUUCAGCUCUCUGCCUGACAGGAGCCUGUUCUGGAUUCCUCAAAGUAUAUUGCUGCUGAUGUUCGCAUUACUGAUCAAAAGCUACAUGUUUGUGAUAUUCGUGGAGCAUUUUUGAGUUCUUUUGAUAGUGAUCAAUGUUUAGCAGAUCAUUUUGGAGGCAAACUUUAUUUAGGCUAUAUGCAAAUCUGUGAUAAAUAAGCAGAACUUCAGGUAAGAUGAUUUACAUGCUUAGUAUAUGCGACUUUCUAUGGUGGCUCUGCUUUAAGUGUUACAUUAGGCUAGGGAUAGUGCCUGGCAUCCAAGAUGUUGGUUGUAUAAAUUGUCUGAACAAUCCACUUACUAUGUCUAUUAUUAUUAUUUUUUUAAAUAAUCACAACUUUAUUUGAAUGCUGUUACCUAAUGGAUUCUAGUAAAACAACAAAUUAAUACAUCUUUUCCAGAUACCCUUAAGUUUGUAUUGUGAAUAUGUUGGUUAGGGGCUAGUAUAAUGUUUCUCAUUCUUCAAUAGAGAUUCUCAGUUAGU